GGAUCGAUGUACCAAAAACAAUAUUUAGAAUUUCCUCGGUCAAAAUGUAUGCUCACAAGCGAUUAAAAGCGUCAUUAUGCGAAGUGUCCUAUCCUCCUGAUCGACAUCCAUUGCAUGUGAGACUUAACAGACUACAUUCACUUCAACUUGGGAUAUCAAACGACAAACAUGUGUGUUAUUUAUCCGUUGUUGCUAAAAGGGAGCACCUGGAGGAGAGUUCACUCCAUUCCGCCUCCCCCGCGUCAACUCCCAUUCUGGGGGAUACAUAUCCGUUCUCUCCCUCAGCUUCAUACACACAGGACCAGUUAGAAAACUUCACAGACCCAAUCUCUGAAUAUGUCGACGUUACUGCAUUCUGUUGGAUCAUUGAUGAGCCAUGCGACAUUGACGAAGAUGCUGGGGAAAUCCAAGUGGAAUGCACAGAGGACUUUGUCUCUCACUACCAGCUCGGUAGAGACGAGGACAUUUACGUGCGAGGCCUUCAUCUGUUUCCCAUUCAAAAAGUUGUUAUUGGUGUGACAGACUAUAUGACUUUUAAAUGGCUGCAGAAGAUUGAUUUCAGUGCUGCAAUGGUCAAUGAAGUCUGCAAGCAUGCUGUUCUUAUAAAAGUCAAUGACAUCUUUCUUGCACCUUACCCUGAACAAUUCUUUCAUGAUGAUAAAUUUAGUCCAGCCAUGUAUUAUCACAUGCAUGUCCUGGAAUGUUGUCCUUUACGUCAGGGUGUACUCUCUGUUGACACAGAGCUGGUUUUGUCUUACAUCGGGGAGAAAGAGCCAGCCAGUCCCGACUCAGACUUUGUGCUUCAGAGUCCGUCAAAAGCCGUAAAAACCCUAGAACACUUUCUCAUGUCAGAUUUCUGCCAGGCCUUAAAACCAACAUCACUAGACCUGAAUGCAAAGACCAUAGGAGUAAAGAAAAGUUCUUUUCGCUCAAAAAUAAACAAUUUGUAUGGUUUUGAAAUUGUACAGCAACAUGUUUUAUGGAGAAAACUUUUGUGCAAGGUGCAAAAGAAAACUACCUUUGAUCCAAUGUACAUUAUAGGAGUGUCCAAAAUCAAUAUGCUACAAAGCGGUUUCUUUGAAGAGACUUUGGUGAAGGUUUCUUUGGAAAUGUCGAACUCUACAGUUGUGUCAUACAGACUGGCACUUGUCAAGUGUCUCUCAGACAGAGUCGCUCCAUUAUCUAGUGUUAAUAAAGUGUAUGUGUCUCCGUUAUUGAUAUUUAAUCUGCAGAACUCUUGUGGAAUGGUUUCAAAGAAAGUGCCAUGCAACCUUAAGAUAGAGAGAUAUGAGUGUACAUCGAGCUGUGAACACGAGGUGGACUAUGGAUCCAUCAGUUCCUCCUGGAACACACAGAUUCCCAUGGCAAAGGAAGUCAGCAUUUCAAUAGUUAUCUCCCCUUACUACAGUCCUCGCCAGAUCAAGUCCGAGGCCGUGAAGGCCUAUUUCAGAGUGCCAAGAUUAUUAACCAAAGGGGAUAUUCUACCUGUCCGUAGCAAAGAUGACCCCGAGUUCUGCUCAGCCCUUAGUGACUCAGACCAAAGAUUUCCAACAGUGUUUUUCAAAGUAGUGAAGUUGGAAGGGCCUCCAUCCCUCUUCCCUAGUUUUAUCUGUGAUCACAGGACAACAAGAGUUGUACAGGUUGGCUCGGUCCACAGUUAUGUGCCCCUGAUCAUGAACACUUAUCUCUCUGUUCGGCCGCUCUCCUACUGGGACCAGUCCUACCACGUCCACGGAAUGAACAGACACGCCGACCAACUAGAGACGCUGAUAAGACCCUACCUACAGCACAGAAUGGAGUCUGUGAAUUUGAGGGAUGUCCUUCCUUCUGUAAUGCUGACAGGACCCAGUGGGUGUGGCAAAACCACGGUUGCCAUGAUUGUUGCCAGGCGACUCAAUAUGAAUGUCCAUAAAGUGAACUGUCACAGUCUGUAUGGGGAAUCAUCAGGCUCCAUUGAAGCAAGAAUCAGAAAUGUUUUCAAUGCAGCCAGUACAUUUUCCCCAUGCAUUCUGUUGUUACACAGUAUCCAUGCAUUAGGGAAGGAUAAGGAAAGGAAUGUAGAAGGUAUUGGUAGUCUAGCUGACCCCAGAGUGGCAGGUACCUUCAAGUCCUGUGUGGUCAAGUUGCGGAAGGAAUACAUAGAGUAUCCUGUGGUUGUCAUAGGAACGACUCACUCCCCAGGUCAACUGGCAGCUGACAUCCAUGAGGCAUUCCUACAUAAAGUCAACAUAGAGGUUCCCAAUGAGGAUGAGAGAGGGGAGAUUAUGGACGGUCUGCUACAGAACGUGUCUUAUUCUGGCGAUCUCUCGGGACAGUAUCUGGCUCAGAGGACCGCUGGAUUUGUGCUGGGUGACUUAGUUGCACUUGUAGCUCAUGCCAAGAGGGAGGCUUACAGAUCAGUAUUAAAACACUGUAUGGGAGACAGGAAUUUGUUGCCAUGGGAAGAAGAGGAAGACAUUGCCAGUGUUGGAACAGUGGUACAACAAGAUCACUUUGUCAAAGCUCUAGACCAACUUCAGGAGGCUCACUCAGACACCAUUGGAGCCCCUAAGAUUCCAGAUGUUUCAUGGGAUGAUGUUGGAGGACUGGCAGAUGUGAAGUCAGAAAUUCUUGAUACGAUACAGCUACCAUUACAGUACCCUGAACUCUUAGCUGCAGGACUGAGACGAUCUGGUAUUUUGUUUUAUGGUCCACCUGGAACAGGGAAAACACUUCUGGCUAAAGCCAUUGCAACAGAAUGUUCCUUGAAUUUUCUGAGUGUUAAGGGACCAGAGCUAAUUAACAUGUAUGUGGGUCAGAGUGAACAGAAUGUAAGAGAUGUAUUUGAGAGAGCCAGAAGUGCCACACCUUGUGUCAUUUUCUUUGAUGAGCUGGAUUCCCUUGCCCCAAAUCGAGGGAGGGCUGGGGACUCUGGGGGUGUCAUGGAUCGUGUGGUUUCCCAGCUUCUAGCUGAAUUAGAUGGUCUCAAUAAGUCAUGUGAUGUUUUUGUGAUUGGUGCUACUAAUCGCCCAGAUCUACUAGAUCCAGCAUUGCUCAGACCAGGCAGAUUUGACAAGAUGUUAUAUCUGGGGAUUCCAGAGGACAAGAGUUCUAAACUUAAUGUGCUAAAAGCCCUGACAAGGAAAUUUCAACUGGCUGAGGAUGUAAAUUUGGAUGAUUUUGCAGAAAGAUGUCCAUCAAAUCUAACAGGGGCAGAUUUUUAUGCACUCUGUUCAGAUGCGAUGCUGAAUACAAUGAAGCGCAAAAUCCAGCAGUUAGAAGCAGGAGAGAGUGUUGAUGAGACCGUGAUACUAGUGUCACAGGAGGACUUUGAUGAAGCUUUAGAAAAUUUAAGUCCAUCUUUGACGGAUGCUGAAAUCCAGAGAUAUCGUCAGCUGAGAGAUUCAUUCUCCAACGACAAAGAUCGUCAGAUUCAUGAUAAACUAGUCACUGGUCAAUUACUACCUGACAAUGUAGCCUCAUAGAGCUACAGAACUUAUGUUUUGUGACUGUGAUAUAUUAAUAUAUAAUUUCAAAUAUGUAUGUUUUCAGCCGUAAAUAAUAAAUAAGAUGUAAUACCAA